AGCUUCAAUAAUGCCGCAUCAAUUGUCUACGAAGGUGUCCUACAACCAUAUCAGCGAGGCGAAAGUUCGAAGGAUAAUAACUCAAUUCUUAAUUCUUGUUUUGCUCUUCAUCUGCACCCACAUUGUCUCCGAAUCGAUGCAUUCGCAAUACGUUUAUUUUAGUAAUAUGCAAGCGGAGCAGACGUUCGUUAAGGAUGUGCCAUAUAAGAGAGAAAUCCACUAUGAUGCAUUCCUCUUUGACGAUAUACGAAACACCGAAAUGAUGUUUGUUUAUUUCACAUACAAUUUCCUACAAAUUAUACACGAGGAUGAUCUAAAUGAUGCCACAAGCCCAUAUGUAUUGAAUUUGGGCCUAAUGGUUGGCGCACCGAGACUUCGGCAAAUACGCAUCAAUCCGAGGGAUGAGUGCCAUCAUGAGAUAUCCUCGGAAGAUGUAAAGAAAUGGCCAUGUUAUGGCGAAUACACCUCCUACAACGAAUAUAAAGGCUACCAUCAGGGCAACGAUUACAAGGACGAUGCCAAUUCUAUUUGGACUGAUUUUUAUAUUUACGGCGGCGGCGGUUUUUCAAAAACAUUCUUUUUUAACUAUGAUAGAAAUUUGGAUUUGCUUCAGCUACUUCAUGACACUUACUGGGUUGAUCGUGCCACUCGGCUUGUUGUACUUGAAUUCAGCACAUUCUACGAUGCCAACCAGAUGUUUCAGAUUGUCAAAUUGAUAUUCGAAAUAAUGCCAACGGGCCUCGUUGUGCCCACAGCGGACAUUCGAUGCAUACCCUUGAAAUGCUUUCUAUCCAUGGACGUUUUUCGCAUCCUUAUCGGCAUUGUCUUCUAUUUGAUUGUCAUUUACUACACGUACACUGAGAUCUACGAAAUCUGUGCGAUCGGCCCAAAAGCGUACAUCAGAGAUGCCUAUAAUUAUACCGAUCGUGUUUUUUUGCUCGUGCGUAUGUCAAAUAUCGAUAAUUCAAUAAUUUGGCAUUAGGCAUUCGUU